AUGCCCUGGGUAGGGGAUGGGAGCGCAGGACCUACCUCAUGCACCUCAGCCCCUGCCUUCCUGACCCAGCCUGCUCUCCAGUCUCUGUUCCAGGCCCCACAGACUGCAGUGUGCCCCCAGGUGAAGGCCAAGGCCUGCCCUGCGGGCUGGAGGAGCCCCGGCCUGCUGCUGCUGCUGCUGCUGGCACUGGCCACUGCUGGGGCUGUGGCCGGAGGACUUCUUGGCUUUGCUCACAGUCCCCCCAAGCCUCUGCUGCAGAUGCUCCGUCUGACCCCCCCAAGCCCUGGGGCACCCCGGUCCAACCAAACUGCACAGGUGGAUGCGGCCCGAAAUGUGGCAACCAUCCAGGUGACCUCGGCUCAGAGCAACCGCAGCUGGGCAGUGCUGUUCGACGGGCAGAGCGGCUGCGUCUGUUACCGCCCCUCGGAACACCCGGCCUGCUUCCUCUGCCCAAUGGAGCCCCGAGACCGUGAGACCCUACAGCUGCUGGUGAACACGUCCAGGGGCCACGGGCCCCCUGGCCCCAGCCAGGACACCCAUUACGCCCAGGAGCUGCUAGCAGUGCUGGGGAGCCGCGAGGUGGACCCUGCCCAGGUGGGCGACUCUGUGCGGUAUCUUUGCAGCAAGACGCCCAUUUACUGGGCCCGCCGAGCAGAGGGUAAGUCAGGAGCUGUUGUGGGGCCCGGGCGGAAGGGGUUGGAGCUGCGUGGGGCUCGCAGGCCCCUCCCCCCAGGGCCCCAGAGGCAGCGGCUCAUCUACCUGUGCAUCGACAUCUGUUUCCCCAGCAACAUCUGCGUGUCUGUCUGCUUUUAUUACCUCCCAGACUAA